ACUCACUCUGGCUGCUGGACAGUUCAGAAUUGAUUACUUCUGUCUCAUUUAUCACCAACUAGGCGGUGGUCAACCGGCAAUGUCCCUUAGGAAAUCUGCCCGGCUGUCCGCAACUCCUUCGUUGAUUGUCACUACCACCAACGAACUGCCAUCAAAUGCAUCUGGACCGUCAUUCCGCCCAUCGACAAGUUCCAGCCCUGCUGCCUCAACCAUUGGUAGUCAGAGCGUCAACGAUCCGUCUACCUCCAUCAGUGACCCAGACGACUACGGUGAGCCCGUCCGGAAAGCUCCACCCACAAUGUCAUCAACCAAAACCACAACAAAACCGUCGGCACGCUUCGAUGAUCCAAACUCGCCGCACAACAAUCGCCGCGCUUCAGGUCGUGUUCGAAAACCGACUGAAAAAGCUCAGGCAAUGAGUGAUGUGAAGCCUCUCUUGUCGCCACCUUCCGACACCAUCGUCGUCAGCAAUCCUCGGGUAGUCGAUGAGCAUCCUCCGCCUAAGAAGCAUCCAACAGCUCCUCAGCCAACGAAAGAGGCGGCACUUGGAAUUCCGCAACCUCCAGAAAUUCCGGAAACCCCCGCGGUCACCAAAGCGCUUGCUACAAUUCCGCCUUCAUGCAGUCCAGAAGAAACUCCGGACGCUGAUGCCGCCAACAUUGAAUCACCUUCACGGAGGGUGUCACAACGCGAACGUAAGCCGACGGCAAAAAUUCUGGAAACCACUUCGACUCCAGCAGCACCUUCGACAACGACGACAACAGCAACCACGGCCACCACCACGACAGGACAAAAACGUCCUGCAACUGAGAUCGUGGAUUCCCGUCCGCGAAAGUCUGCUAGGGUCUCACAUUCGGGCGCCAGAAUACCCUCAAAACUACGCUACUCUCUAUCUUCCAGCGCUGAAGAAGAAUCGGCCGUGGUUGAUGAUCAAGCAGAAAUACCCGAGACUCCGAUCAAAUCGAAGAUUAUUACUUUGAAGUUUAAGCGACCCGCCCUACCCAGCGAACCUGCUCCAAGAAGAGCCGCAAAAAAGGCCGCUCUUCCACCAUCCAAGAGAUUGAAACGCAAUGUUGAGAGCGAUCAAUCGAGCAUCGAAGUUGCAAGGACAUCUUUAUCGGUUGCGCCGCGCCAACCUACGUGCGACUUGUUUUGUCUGUCACCUUCUGCUCGUAUUAUCGCAUUUGCAAAAAUCGCCUUACAGAUGCCUGAUACAGAUGACGACAACGGGGACGAUGUCGUGCCGGGCAGUGCACAAGACUGGCACGUAUACACGAAAUAUUGGUGUCAAUGCCCGAAGCCACCACCUUUGAAGCCGACACGCACUAGUUCGGAAGAGCUUGCACGCGCGCUGAUGCCUAACACGGUCUCAGAUGGCACCAAGCAAAAUCCUGUCGAUUUGACACGACCAGCGGCCUCGCCAGAAGUCGAACUGCUAUCGGCACCCGUCAACACUAUUCUUCGUGCUACUGAUGCAGAACGAUUGUCGAAACUAUUUGGUUAUCCUGCUGCGGAAACUCCAACCAGGAAUGGUGAUAUGACGCCCAACUUGUCGACGGAAGCCAGCCUUUCGACAUCACAAGUCAAAUACUCUGGCACCGGACGGUCCGUAUUGCGAGACAGCAUGAGUAGCUAUUCUUCUCCAGCACUACCAGCAAUGACGGUGAAGAAAAGCUACGAAGACCGAAUUAGAGAAGACUACGAAGCUCUGACGAAGGUCAGGAAGAUGGCCCAAGCAUUAGGAGUAUCGUGGGAUUUCAACAUGACUUUCGACGACAUCAACAAUUCACUUAUGCGUUUCGAGGGUUAUGCGGCCACGAAGUCAUUUGUUCAUGGUCCACCUGAGGGGGUGUAUGAAAGUCGAGAUAUGUAUGGACCAAAUGCUGGGUUUGGUGUGCUUUACCCACCACAGCCACCGCGCUCAAACGGAUUGGCCUCGGCAAAUGGAGUCCGUGGAAACAGUCGGGAUAGCAACAAGGAAUAUAGUCCGGUUGCCAACCCAGAAGGUCAAGUCGAGGCAGGACAUGGAAGCACUCUUAUCGGAUGUACUUCUGAAGAUUGGGGUGCUUCGAGCUCCAAAGGCCGACGGCAAUCUUCGCCUCCCCGGCCAAAGAGUUCGAGAUUCCGAGUUGACCCUAGAGGUUUGAGAGGAGAAUCACCAGGACCAGGAACAAUUAUCAACAUUGACGAAAACAAGCAAGGAUUGAGGAAACGAACUAGAAGGUCACGAGCAGCAGGGUCAGAAGUACCUACUUGAGAUUGAUUGAAAGGGAACCUUCCAAGACGAAGGCAGUGCAGGCAUGAUGCAAGGGGGUGUGUGAAUUUGGGCGGUGUGCAGGACGAG